CCCUUAGAGAAUACAGUUAAUUAUAUUGAUCCAACAGUCCAACUCUAGAUAAGUGUUUCAAAUUUCCAAUUAUAAACUGUUUUCAAAAAACCAAAUCAUCCUGUUGCAGAGAGGCCAAUAAAACCCCUUUCACUGCUUAGACCAUGAACAUAGGGCUAAGUCAGGCUUAAGCAGCGCACAAGGUCUUGUAGAGAUUCUCUACACUAGGAUUAAUAACUCUUUUUAGACAAUAUCAGACUAUUUUGUAACCAUACUAUCUGCUCUGAGUAAGGGUAGUGGUGCUCUAAGAGCACACCAGAGAACUGUUCACCUAAUUCUUCUUUGAGUGAUGGUCCCUAUAGUAUUCCAUUGAAGGUUGACGCAUGCGCACCAUGCGUCCAGAGCUGGAGAACUUGAAAGUAGUGUCCGUUGAUUCAUGAAUGCGCCCUUGUCUCGCCUCAUGGUUUCGUCCGAGGCGAUAAAGGGUGGAGCAGACCGACCACGUCUCCAGUUCCUUUUCACUCCUGCAUGAUCCAGGUUAGAACUAGCUUCCUGCUGUGAUGCUGUUCACAACUUUAUUGCUUCUCAAAACAAUACUGCGCUGGGAAGUAACAUGAGUUAUGAGGUGGACAAUAAAAAGACUCUCCUCAUCACAGAGGACAUUUUUAGGAUGCUGCCUGAGUCCCCACCCCUUUUGGACUAUCCUUUUAAGCACUGUGCAGUGGUUGGAAAUGGGGGCAUUCUGAAAAACUCCAGCUGCGGAGCUGAAAUCGAUAAGUCUGACUUUGUAUUUAGGUGUAACCUUCCCCCAACCACAGGAAGUGUUAGCAAAGAUGUUGGCAAUAAAACAAAUCUCGUGACUGUUAAUCCAAGUAUCAUAGCACAGAAAUACAACAAGCUGAAUGAAAAGAAGGUGACAUUUCUGGAGAACAUUGCAAGUUAUGGAAAUGCUUUCCUUUUAUUGCCAGCGUUUUCCUUCAAAAGCAACACAGCUGCUUCUUUCAAAGUAUACCACACUCUACAGGAGUUCAGAGCAAAACAGAGGGCGAUAUUUUUUCAUCCCAGGUACCUGAAAAGUCUAGCCCAGUUCUGGAGAACUAAGGGCGUGAAAGCAUACCGAUUAUCUUCUGGUUUUAUGAUUGCUAGUGCUGCUAUUGAACUGUGUGAGAAUGUGAAGUUGUAUGGCUUCUGGCCUUUCUCUAAAACCACAGAGGAGAUGCCAAUCAGUCACCACUAUUAUGACAACCAGCUGCCCAAGCCGGGUUUCCACGCGAUGCCCAAAGAAUACAACCAGAUUCUCCAACUUCAUGGGAAGGGCAUUGUGAAGCUGCAGUUUGGUAAAUGUGACUCAGACUAAAAAGGGUGGUGAUUCCAAAGGAGAAAAUUUGUGUGUAUAUCAGAAGUUUGGUAUUGGAUUUGAUAUGAUGAUGAUUUGUGAGUAUUAAACUGCACUAUUAUAAUUUGGGAAUAUUUUACACUUAAGGAGAAAAGUGAAUGAUUUUUGACAUAGUGAUUGCUAUGUUUUUGAACUUCUUGUGAUCAAAAUUGUUUAUGCAAACAAAGUUAUCUGGAAAAUCUUUGGACUAUUGGUUAAAUUUAACAAAGCACAAUCUUAAGAUGGUGCCACUAUGUGACAUUUGUAAUUUUUGCUUGUCAAAUUAUUAUAACUUAAAAAUGUUUUGACAUUUUUGUUCAUUUCACACAAGGUGGACAAAAGUGUGUAUUUAUUAGCUCUACGGUCUGAUGUGUUUACAUUUGGCAAUUAACUUUUUCUACUGAAGGCCUUGAUCCUGCAAAUUCCUCCAUUAAGAGUAAUUAUUGCAGAAAAAAGUCAUUUUGAUUGUGGAAUAGAGUGCCCGUGCCCUCUAGUGUCACCGAGACCACUUAAAGAGAGAGAUAAAAUGAGUCUGCUCUACAGUCUUAGCUAACAGGCAAUUGGCUUUUUAGCUCAUGCAGUAGAGGCUCAUGCAUUUAGCUCCAGAGGUCCCAGGUUCAAUCCUGCCCGCCGACAACCAGGGUCUGUUGGUGUUACAAGUGGGAGCUUGUCCAGGAUUUCAACUCGGAAGAAGACUCUGAAGCUCAGGACAUGCUUCCUCAGCUAGGGGAAGUAUGUAACCUACACACCUUCUGGGCGUGGUGUUCUGUCCCCUCUAGUGGUGGUGCGGGGGGGUGUAGAGAGAGACUGAUUGACUGACUGCUCUAUAGCCUUAGCUAACAGUCAGUUGGCUUUUAGCUUGAGCGGUAGACGCUCAUGCACUGAGCUCCAGAGGUCCUCAGUUCGAUUCUGCCCGCUGACAAUGGGCAUCUGUUGGCGUUACACCCACACUAGGGUGUUAUACCACUAGUCAGUUUCCCCAAGUAGAUAAGCCCUUACCCAUGUGUUUAAUUUUAUGUACUGUGAGUAAACUCAUGGAUGUAAUGGGACUACUUGUUUGAAUGUGUGUAAGUGUUUGCAGGAUCAGAGGCCUAUGGUUGUUUGUUUUGUUUUUUUUAAACCAGUUUAGUUAAUUGUAUUCUCUUCUCAGUUCAGUUCAACUCCUGCUAAGGACAAUGGGCUAAAUUCUGUGCUGUGCCUCCCAGAACCCUGGUAGUGCACACCACUAUGGGCAUUUCUCCUCCACCCCAGAUGUGCAUCCCGGCCCGUAUACAAAAUGGACCUGUCAGCCAAAGAAACCAACUGCAAAACCUCAGUCACCCUUUACAUUUCUUCCUCAACUCACUGACAUUCAGGCAUAAAACCUUCCAAGGAGUUAGGACGUCUGAUGCAUUCCAUUAAGACUCCCCAGUAGAGCUCUUCCAGUGUCCUGCCCCAAGCCACAUGCCCUAUGCCAGGGAUUGUAGUGGAGGUGGGGUUGUGUAUGGGGCUGUCAUACACAAUGAAGCAGUUCUGAUGAAGUCAUACUGAUGAAGCAGUUCUCCCCUGGCCCCUUGUGGCUCCUGUAUGGUCCCUAAACACCAGUGGAGAUUAUAGGGGCGAGAGCAGAGGCAAAGUUGGCCCCACUGGAAAGAGCCCUAUUAACGUUAGUGGGAGUUGGACUGAGCCUUUGUUCCUGUGCUUUUGAUUUACAGGAAGUGAUGUUCCUUUGCACAUUAUUACUCACAGAUUUUAAUAUAGAAUAGGACAAAAUUCUAAUAACCCGUUUCUGCUACCAGCAGAAUCUCCAUGAUCUCUUGGAGAGUCUAUUGAAUGAUCAAGUCAAAUAUAUAAUUUUUCUUAUCCUUUGUACAUAUUCCGCUAAAUCUCAGAUAUUUGUUUACUAAAUAUCUUUGACCAGAUAACACUAAUUCUUCAUUCUACAUUAGAUUAAACAUUAAAUAUUCCAAUCAUUGAGCUUAGCUGAGAGCAAAGUAUUGGGGAAAAGACUGUUUAAAUAAAGUGUAAAAAAAAUUACUGUUUUUUCUUUAAAUUUUAUCUGUUAUAGAAAUAUUCCUACACUCCUGUGAAAUUGAAGUAUAUUUAAUAUAUUUGUAAUUUACACAUGUUUUAUAUGUGCAUUUUUAUAACUGCUUCAUAUUUGGCCCUUAUGUUUAUAUUCUUAAUGUUAAUUACAUCAAAUACCUAAUUAAAUUAAAUUCUGUUAGAAUGAGACCAAGAAGUUACAAAAUAUUUUUCCAAAAAUAGAAGGAAAAAAAAGCGAUGCAUCCCAAUGGCAGAAUUUUGAGAUUAUCUCAUUGAAUUCUGCAUUAACAAGUAACUCUUCACCUGUCAUUGUGAACAAUUGCUUCCUGGAUUUACUUCCUCUAGAAAAGUCAGAGCAAAUAAAGACCGAUGUUACACCAAGAGACUUCAUUAUCCUGGUGGUUUCAGAAGUGAGAGACUCUUUCUUCCAUUUGCCUUUUUAUUUAUAGGCGUUAAUCCAUUGGAAAAAACUUUGGGUUUUCCCCCCCAAAAUUUGCCUUUCCUGUGACUCCCCCAGUUUAUUACAGAAUGACCCAGUACAAAACUCUUACAGACAUACUAAGGGACAGAUUUUAAAACCUAGCCUCCCAUUUGCAAGGAUAGUUUGUGAGUUCAAAUAACAUCACCUAACAUCCUAAUCUGCAACUGGAUCACCCGAGUGCACCCCUGCAGACCUUCUCCCGAAUUCACACACUGCGGAAUCCAAGAUGAUAGACACAGGUGUAGGGGUGUGUAUGGGUAGAUCCCGUUCCAGAAUCUAGCUCUUUGAAAUCCAGCUAACUGAUUGUACAUAUCAGUUAGACAUCUUGGUGAGAUUAAUUGUGCCUAUAGACAAUUGCAAAACUGAUAGGUGCAAAAUCAUGGUUGCAAAUUGAGAUACUGGUUGAAGCAGAUUUAGGAGUUAAGCUUCUUUACAGACCAUCUCUACUUUUGUUUUAGUCCAUGUGAUUCACAGACUGAAAUUAAGGGAGAGUGGUAAAUGGGGAGAUUCUAAACUACAUGACAGUUUAUAAGGUUAUAAGUGAACAUACAUUUUCAUUUUCAAGAUAAUUCCAUGCAUCAUAACACAUAACUAUGGUCUCAGAAAGGUUUAAAACUUGUGUCCCUUGCCUGAGGUUUCAAUGUCUCCAAAAUGUGUAUUGUUUGGGUUUGCUUUUAUUUUGUUUCUUUUGUAUGUGAAUAUCACACUAGUUAUUACACAUUCUUUGAGCUGUUAGGACUGUGCAUUUCACCAGAAAAAAUGAUGCUGAUGGUGUAAGCUCUGCUAAUGUUAUUUCCAAAAAGGUCUCUUAAAAAUCGAUCAUUGUACAUUCUUAUGCUUUAAGAUAUGCACUUGCUAUUGUCUGUUCUCACAUAUUAAGAUGUUACAGUAUAAUGUAUAACUGUCUGUCUGUAGCAUUUAGGAGGAGGCAUGCAAUGCCCCUCUACUGUACGUGUGCAUCACCACUUGCUUUUAUAACAGGAAACUGAGGUGAAGUUUUAUUGUUGAGACAUCAGUCAGUUGAUUUUAAGUGCCUAAUGAUUUUAUGUCAAACACACAUUGGUUUCACAGUUAUGAUGCAUUCUUAGGACACUGUACCAGUUCCAUAUUGUUCUGUAAUGGAAUAUUUUUGCAAUUUCUGUUUGGAAAUAAAGACUUAUUAGACAUA